CCCUGGGAGCAGGGCGGGUUGGGGGUAGAGGGUGAACCUUGACGCAGCCCCGGCUCUUUGUGUGUUCCUAGAAAUCUCCGAGAGCUGCCUCCCGGGUACCUGGGUCUUGCGCACGGUGCUGGGAAUAGUCUCCGAAGAUUCGAUGACGGCCGUGCUCAUGGGGCCAGGGCUUCAUAAGCCGGCGACGCCUUGCAGGGCGAGUCGUUGGGUGCACGGCGAGGGGGGUGGGCAGCCCGGGGCUCCUGUCCUGGAAACGCCGCGGGUUGUCUUAACCUGGGGGCCAGACUCUCAGCGUUCUCAUCUCUCCUCCUUCACCAUGAAGCUGAUGGACAAAUUCCACUCACCCAAAAUCAAGAGAACGCCAUCAAAGAAGGGAAAACCAGCUGAGGUGUCUGUGAAAAUUCCGGAGAAGCCUGUGAACAAAGAGGCAACAGACAGAUAUCUACCAGAGGGCUACCCUAUCCCCUUGGAUCUGGAGCAGCAGGCAGUAGAAUUUAUGUCCACCAGUGCUGUGGCUUCCAGGUCUCAAAGGCAGAAGAACCUGAGCUGGCUGGAAGAGAAGGAGAAGGAAGUUGUCAGUGCCUUGCGCUACUUUAAGACCAUUGUGGACAAAAUGGCUAUUGAUAAGAAGGUACUGGAGAUGCUUCCAGGGUCAGCCAGCAAGGUGCUGGAGGCCAUCUUGCCCCUGGUGCAGAGCGAUCCUCGAAUUCAACACAGCUCAGCCCUCUCCUCCUGCUACAGCAGAGUGUACCAGAGUCUUGCCAACCUCAUUCGUUGGUCUGACCAAGUGAUGCUAGAAGGUGUGAACUCAGAAGAUAAAGAGAUGGUGACAACUGUGAAGGGGGUCAUCAAGGCUGUGCUGGAUGGAGUGAAGGAGCUGGUCAGACUUACCAUCGAGAAGCAGGGGCAUCCGUCUCCAACAAGCCCAGUGAAACCCAGUUCCCCAGCCUGCAAACCUGACGGCCAGUCUGAGCUCCCCCUGACAGAUCGAGAGAUGGAGAUUCUGAACAAGACAACCAGCAUGUCGCAGUCAACUGAGCUACUCCCAGACUCCACGGAUGAAGAGGUCGCCCCUCCCAAGCCCCCCUUACCUGGCAUUCGGGUGGUUGAUAAUAGCCCUCCACCAGCACUGCCACCGAAGAAAAGACAGUCGGCUCCAUCCCCGACCCGAGUGGCCGUCGUGGCCCCCAUGAGUCGAGCCACCAGUGGCUCCAGUUUGCCUGUUGGAAUUAAUAGGCAGGAUUUUGACGUGGACUGUUACGCACAGAGGCGGCUGUCAGGAGGCAGCCACUCGUACGGCGGAGAGUCGCCCCGCCUGUCCCCCUGCAGCAGCAUAGGCAAGCUCAGCAAGUCAGACGAGCAGCUGUCCUCUCUGGACAGGGACAGUGGGCAGUGCUCCCGGAACACAAGCUGUGAAACACUAGAUCAUUAUGAUCCUGACUACGAAUUCCUUCAGCAAGACCUCUCCAACGCAGACCAGAUACCUCAGCAGGUGGCCUGUAACCUUAGCCCGUUGCCGGAGUCCUUGGGGGAGUCUGGGUCUCCAUUUCUCGGCCAUUCUUUCCAGUUGCCUCUGGGCAGCUGUCCCCAGCCGGAGGGACCCUUAGCCCUGGGGCAGCAGACAGACACGCCGCCUGCUCUCCCUGAGAAGAAGCGCAGGAGCGCCGCCUCCCAGACCGCGGACAGCUCUGGCUGCAGGGUGUCCUAUGAGCGGCACCCCUCACAGUACGACAACAUCUCCGAGGACGACCUGCAGAACCCAGCCUCGGGCCAGUCCGUCCCCUUCUCGUCCUUUGCUGCUAUUCUCCCCUUUCAGCAAGGAGGCUCCUCAGCCUCGGUCGAAUUUGUGGGUGAUUUCACUGUUCCUGAGUCAACAGGUGACCCAGAAAAACCGCCUCCUCUACCAGAGAAGAAAAACAAACACAUGCUGGCCUACAUGCAGCUGCUCGAGGACUACUCGGAGCCGCAGCCCUCCAUGUUCUACCAGACGCCGCAGAACGAGCACAUCUACCAGCAGAAGAACAAGCUCCUCAUGGAGGUGUACGGCUUCAACGACUCCUUCAGCAGCGGAGACGCCCUGCAGGACCUGGCGCCACCGCCUGCUCUGCCCCCCAAGCAGCGGCAGCUGCAGGCCUCCUAUGCUGCUUCUUCCUUCUCCUCUGUCUCCUACUGUGUCCAGCAAACUAAAGUGGCCUUCACCCCCGAGGAUGGCAGUGCCGCUCAGGGCAUCAGUGUGUCCGUCUCUAACUCCUUUCUCAGCCGGCACGGCAACUUACCUGUGUCCUCGUAUAAAUCUGUGUUUAGGUCCUACUCCCAGGAUUUCGUGCCUCACAACCAAGCUUCCGUUCCACCUUUCCUUCCGUCUACCUCCUCUUCCUCUCCACAUUUCCCACCUGUGCACCCGUCUCAGAGCUCUGACUUAGUGGUGCCAACUGUAGCCAGUCCGCCUCCCAGCACCGUGGACGGGCCUCUUUCAUCUUCUCAGGAGAGCAGCUUUCAUGGGAACACUGUCUGCCUUCCUUCCGAAACCUCUUUCACUGACUCGCCCCAGACGCCUUCGAGUGAACACGCCAGUGAGGAAGCUGGUGAGGGUGAAUAUGUCAAUCUGUAUUCCUCUGGCCAGAGCAGCGAGGAGCUGGCUCCCUCUCGAGGAGAAUCACCAGCUGUGAAAGAUGGACAUCCCAGAGAUCCUCCAUCAGUCGGCGGUGCAUCGGGGAAGGAAAGCAGAGACGGCAGGGAGAGGGCCUCAAAGUCACCAGAUGCUCCAGAGUCAGCUCAGUCGGAGGAGGAAGUAGACGAGCUGUCCCUCAUCGACCACAAUGAAAUUAUGGCAAGGCUGACACUCAAGCAAGAGGGUGACGACGGGCCAGACGUCCGUGGAGGAUCUGGAGAUAUCCUACUGGUCCACGCUACUGAGACAGACAGGAAAGAUUUGGUGUUGUACUGUGAGGCCUUCCUGACCACCUACAGGACCUUUAUCACCCCCGAGGAGCUCAUCAAGAAGCUGCAGUACAGGUACGAGAAGUUCUCUCCCUUCGCCGACACGUUCAAGAAGCGUGUCAGCAAGAACACGUUCUUCGUGCUCGUGCGGGUGGUGGAUGAGCUCUGUCUCGUGGAGUUGACGGAAGAGAUCUUGAAGCUGCUGAUGGAACUGGUCUUUCGCUUGGUGUGCAAUGGGGAGCUCAGCCUGGCCCGCGUGCUUCGGAAGAACAUCCUGGACAAGGUGGACCAGAAGAAGCUACUCAGGUGUGCCAACGCCGACCAGCCCCUGGCAGCCCGGGGGGUAGCAGCCAGGCCAGGGACCUUGCACGACUUUCACAGCCACGAAAUAGCCGAGCAGCUGACACUGCUGGAUGCUGAGCUCUUUUAUAAAAUAGAGAUUCCUGAGGUUUUGCUUUGGGCAAAAGAGCAGAACGAGGAGAAGAGCCCCAACUUGACCCAGUUCACGGAGCACUUCAACAACAUGUCCUACUGGGUGCGGUCAAUAAUCAUGUUACAGGAAAAGGCCCAGGACCGGGAACGCCUACUCCUGAAGUUCAUCAAGAUCAUGAAGCACUUACGGAAGCUGAACAACUUCAACUCCUACCUAGCCAUCCUCUCGGCGCUGGACUCGGCGCCCAUCCGCAGGCUGGAGUGGCAGAAGCAGACCUCAGAGGGCCUGGCCGAGUACUGCACGCUGAUUGACAGUUCGUCCUCCUUCCGCGCCUAUCGGGCCGCCCUGUCUGAGGUGGAGCCACCGUGCAUCCCGUACCUGGGGCUCAUCCUGCAGGACCUCACCUUCGUUCACCUGGGAAACCCAGACUAUAUUGACGGGAAGGUGAAUUUUUCCAAACGGUGGCAGCAGUUCAACAUCCUCGACAGCAUGCGGUGCUUCCAGCAGGCGCAUUAUGACAUCCGGAGAAAUGACGACAUCAUAAACUUCUUCAAUGACUUCAGUGACCACCUGGCUGAGGAGGCCCUGUGGGAACUCUCCCUGAAAAUCAAACCCAGGAACAUAACAAGGAGGAAAACAGACCGGGAAGAGAAGACCUAGGGGCAGGUGCCGUGAGCGAGGAGAGCGCUCCAGGGGCUCUGAGCACGGCUCCGAGCCAGGAAGGAACUGUGGACCUGUCACCUGGCGGCGGCGGCCCGCUCCCUGGGCAGGCUGCAAGUGUCCCGGCCUGAGAGCCACAAGGCCAGCCAGGCCUCUGCUGUGCCAGGCAGCAGCCCGCGGCAGUGUCCUGCCCCUCUCCUCCGCAGGAGCGGACCCCGCGGCCCACCGUGGAGCCAGCAGGCAGGUCUAGGACUGAUUUGUGAACCGGGGGUUUUCGGUUUUGGUUUUUGGUUUCUGCUUUCACUUCUGUCUCCCCCCUCCCCGCUCCCCCUGCCUGGGAGCAGCACAGGGACGUCAUUAGCAGACCAAGUUCAGUGGGAACCUUCACCCCUCCCUAAGUUCCAGGGUCCUAACUCUGCUGAAAUGACAAAUGAGCGACCAGGCAUGAAGGACGGGGGCAUUUGGGUGGGUGGGCAGAGAGGACACGGGGAGGCUCCUUGAACUUUCCGGACUCUGCUUUUUAAAGUGGAGGAUGGGCUCAGCUUGUUCCCUGGCCCAGCAGGGUAUGACAGGUGGCCUCUCAGCAGCCCUGGAGCGCCUGUCAUGGUACUGGCCCUCAGAACUGUCUGCUGCCGCCACAGGGCCCUCCUGAGCUGGGGCAGCGGCAGUGUCUGUCAUCUUUUUGUCCCUGCAUCACCCCCGCCAGCGUCCCACUGGCCCUCAUCCCAUCAUCUGGCGCCGUGGGGAGCUGGGAAGAGGAGAUUGGAGCAAGGGAAAACUUUACAUCCAAGAAACACAUUUUAUCUGAGCUGGGCCCGUAGCUCUUGUGGGUUCAUUCAGAGAGGAGAGAGUGGAGGGGCGUUUCUGUCCCGGGAAGGCCAGCGGCCCCUCCUCUGUUGCUUGCUGUGUGCCUUAAACUCCAUCUCCUGCCCUCCCGCCUCGCCGGCCCCUCCUGCUGUCUCCAUCCUGCUGGGGCCAGAGGGGCCCUCUCUGUGAAGGACGGGGUGUCCCUGAGAGGGCAGGGGCCUGGCUGCGGAGGUGCCUCCUGAGGCUGACCGCCACGGCUCUCCCAGCGCCUGGCAGUCUGGCUCUCCUCUGGCAGAGCUGCUUCAGGAGCAGGUGCCCUUUCCCACCUCCUCGUUCAGAACCACUCGCUGCUGAGGUUGACAAUCUGGGGCCAGCUUUGCGGGGGGUCUCCGCACACAGAGGUGCCGGCUCUGUGGCAGCCGCACGUGGGCCUGCGGGCAGGGUGCCCGUCGGAACUGGACAGCGGCCUCUGCGCCUCCCCUGUCCUGUUUGCAUGAUUGAGUGGUCACUUCUCCUGGGUUUGGGGCUUGGUCAAGCAGACUCCAAGAUCUACCUGUGCUUAGUCCAAAUUAAAAAGAACAAAGAAAAGUCAAAAGCAACAUCUGUUGAUUAGAUUUUUCUCAAGGAGACAGCCAUGUCCCUUGGAGUCCUUCAUGGGUGUUUGAGCAGCUUUCAUCAAGAAUAUGUGGGCUGGUUUUCCUGUCGUUUGUGCGUCCUGGACACAGAGGGGAGAGAUCUGUGAAAUGUCAGUCGCAACCUCCUCUGCCAGUGAUGCUGCGGCCAGAACAUGUCACUUUAUUAUUUAAAGAGUGUGUGUAGAGUCGCUGUUGAUGAACAGUAUUGUGUGUGGGUUGGGUUUUAGUUUGUUCCCGCAUUGUCCUCUCAUUUCAGGCUUUCCUCUUCCUUUCUACCUUGCCUCUCGCCCAGGCCCAGCUCGGUUGACUGCUGCUGUGUGUGCGUGGGGGCCUCUGUGCGCUCGGGGCCUGUGAGUGGUAUGACCUGCCGGUCUCUGUGUUUUAGCCUCAGAAAGCCAGCCGCUUGCAUGCGUCUGCAGAUGGGUGCAUGUCCGUGGUCGGGGUCUGUCCUCAGGCAGGAGCUGGCCAGGGCGGGGCUUCACCUUCCCUCAGUUAGAACAGACCCUGCACGCACACCCCCGCCACAGGCCGUGCCUGCUUCUCUCUGGGAUCCCUCGGCUGUCUGAGCAGAUGUGCUGGGCCCCAGGCGGGCAGUACGGGUGGGCGAGGUGCCGGCGUGUCCAGUGACCAGCAGGGGACAGCAGGCACGGUGUGUGCUGUCACUUAUUGGCUGACAGGCUCCCCGGCCCUGCGCCUCACGAGUCACCCGCCUGGCUUUGCUUUGUCUGAGGCGCCGGGGCAGGGUGUGGGAGUCCAUCCUUAGGACAGACAGACCCAAUCAGGACGAUUUGGCUCCCUGCAGAGUCAGUGCCCACCUGCAGGUGUGGCAGCCAGGGAAAGGGCAGGCGCAUGCCCUGUCUGAACUGAACCCCACUUCCGAUGAGCCCCUCCCUCCCCUGCCCCACGCCUCCCCAUGUUACAUUGUAAUAUAGGUCCUAAACUAACCUGGCUGAUAGUGGCAUCUUCCUGCGGACAUUUCAAACCUGUAACUUUUAUAUGAAAGGAAAAUAAACACAGACAAAAGCCA